AUGUCAGCAGAAGUUCAAGCACCUCCAAAUGCAGCUGAGGAGAGCAACGGUCAUGAUAAGCAUGCCGAUGACGGUGAAGGAGGAAUACAACAACCUGAUCAGAUGCAGAAGACACUACUCAACUUAGUGUUUCGAUCGAUGAAAAGAACGCAUGACAUGUUUAGCAGUGAUUACACGACAUUCCCGGAGUUAUCUGAAAAGGAGUAG